AUGCCGGGUCCCCACGAGGAGCGCCCCGCGCGCAGGCGCACCAGGGAUCCCGGGGCGGGAGGGCGGGCUCAGAGGCCGGAAGUGCCCUUCCCUGCCGGCCUUCCCGAGAAACCCACCGGCCGGAACUUACGGGAGGGCGGGACUUCCGGCGCAUCCCCGGGUUGCUGGGCGACCGGUGAAGACGCCUCCGACAGGCUCCGCGCUGCCUGGAGCCAGCCGAGUGGAGCUCCCGCCUGCGGCGCCGGCCUCCCUCACCCCGCGCCGCCUCCCCGCGAGCCGCCCCUCGUCCCGCCCCUCGUCCCCCCGCGGCAUCCCUGCCCUUGGCACUACUUACGCCUCUCCGGCUCUCUCGAAUCCUUAGCGCCCACCUGCUUCAAAGCCAAGCUCCACCGGAAGUCGGGCGGUUCGACCCCAGACAUGGCCUCGGCCCCCGCCAUGGCGGGCCGCACCCCGGGGGAGCUGGGCGGCGGCACCUACACCUACACCAGCCGGCCCCGGGCCGUGCCCUGCCAGCGCCGCCGUUACCGGGAGGACCCGCUGCAGCCAUCUGAAGAAUCUAUGCAUUAUGGGAACAUAAUGUACGACAGAAGGGUGAUCCGAGGCAACACGUACGCACUGCCCACAGGGACCCUGCCUGGACAGCCUGAUCUAUUAGACCUUCAGAGACAACAGAUGGCUCGGAGGAGGGCUCUUGCCAGAAAACGAGCCCAAGAACGGCUCCGGCCACGAACUCCAGAGCCCGUGGAAGGCAGAAAGCAUGUGGACGUGCAGACAGAAUUGUACCUUGAAGAGCUUGCUGACCGCAUAAUAGAAGUUGAUAUGGAAUGCCAGACAGAUGCAUUUUUGGACAGACCACCGACACCACUCUUCAUUCCUGCCAAAACUGGUAGGGAUGUAGCCACCCAAAUACUAGAAGGCGAGCUCUUUGACUUUGAUCUUGAAGUUAAGCCAAUGUUAGAAGUUUUGGUCGGGAAGACAGUUGAGCAGGCUCUUCUGGAAGUGAUGGAGGAAGAAGAGCUGGCCAACCUGCGUGCCAGCCAGCAUACCUAUGCAGAAAUACGGAACGUAGAGCUGGCUGAAGUUCAGCGGCUAGAAGAGCAAGAGAGACGACACCGGGAAGAAAAAGAGCGUCGCAAGCAGCAGCAGUGGGACAUCGUCAACAAGCACAACGAGACAGCACAGAAGAUCUCCGCCCGGGUGUUUGCACAACGCUACCUGGCAGACCUGCUGCCAUCUGUUUUCGGCAGUCUCAGGGACAGUGGCUACUUUUACGACCCUGUUGAAAGAGAUAUUGAGGUAGGAUUCCUCCCAUGGCUAAUGUAUGAAGUUGAAAAGACCAUGGAAUACAACAUGGUGGGAAGAACAGUGCUGGACAUGUUGAUUCGUGAAGUGGUUGAGAAGCGACUGGAUCAGUAUGAGCAGAGGUCAUUAGUGCCUGGCCCUGGCAGGCCUGGACAUCCUGAGGCAGUGAGAGAGCCCCUGGUGGGCUUCCAGCUACCUUCAGAUCCAAACCUCUCACAGAGAGCCGCAUACAGCAGAGCCCCGCAGCCCCAGGAUAGGAGGUUCUUGGGGCUGGAUGAAUAAGCAAACCAUGAGAUCCUGAGGGAAAUGAGAAAUGUCACGGCCAGGGGGCGCUUGGGAGCCAUGAGCCCAGUCGGCAGCCAAUCAACUCCAUUCAGGUAAUGGUGCAUGUGACCCCUCAGGCUAUAGAAAUUAUGUUGUAGUUAGUCAACAUGUCUUUCAUCUGAUGGAUCGAACAAAACAAAUCAAAUAUGGUAAAAUAAUAAAACUAAUAAAAAUGACACUUGCAUGUCUUUAAUAGAA